AGGCAAGUAAGAUAAACGAAGAAGUUAUACUUAUGAGACAUAGAUUUGAUAUCUUCAAAGUCGGCACCUCUGUUUUCACUGCUCACUGAAAUCCUAUCCUGUUGUCUCCUUUUGAAUUCGUGUGUCAAUAAAUAAGGGAAAUAGAAUACAAGCAGCCAAGCAGGCUUGUUUUUCAACCAUGGAUCCCAAGAAUGGUGAAGGAGGAAGUGAGAUAUUUCAAGCUCAAACUCAUCUGUAUAAGCAUAUAUUUAACUACAUAAGUUCGAUGUCACUGAAGUGUGCAGUUGAGCUAGGCAUACCAGACGUAGUUCACAAGCAUGGCCAACCCAUCACUCUUCCUGAGUUAAUUUCAUCUCUUCAGAUUUCCCCCACCAAAACCAGUUAUAUGUACCGGCUGAUGCGCAUGUUGGUUCACUCAGGCUUCUUUUCUACGACAAAAGUAGUCAACAACACCACGCAAGAAGAAGAAGAAGCAUAUGUUCUAACAUCUUCUUCUAGGCUGCUCCUCAAAGAUGAGCCCAACUGCUUGACACCGUUUGUCCUGUCGAUGAUUAGCCCGGCGUUGUUGACCCCAUGGCACUGUCUAGGCGACUGGUUUUGGGGGAGUGAACUUAAUGCGUUUGAAAAAGCACAUGGGAUGAACUUUUGGGAUUAUGGAGAACAAAACCCUGAAUUCAGCAAGCUUUUUUGGCUAGGACUGGCCUGUGAUUCUCAAAUAGUAAACCUGGUUAUUAAAGACUGCAAGCCAAUUUUUGAAGGGUUGGGUUCAUUGGUUGAUGUUGGGGGUGGAAAGGGGUCGUUUUCCAGAAUCAUAUCUGAAGAAUUCCCCAGCAUAAAAUGCACUGUACUUGACCUCCCACACGUUGUUGCUAAUUUGCCUGAGACACAAAACUUAAAGUUCAUAGGAGGUGAUAUGUUUCAAUCAAUCCCUCCUGCAGACGCCUUCUUAUUUAAGUUGGUGUUUCAUGCCUUUGGAGAUGAGGAUUGCGUGAAGAUACUGAAGAAAUGCAGAGAAGGGAUUGCAGCUAAAGAAGGGAAGGUUAUAAUCAUAGAUGCUGUGAUAGAUGAAAAGAAAGAUGAACAUCAAUCAAAAGAGACAAAGCUCUUCUUUGACAUGUUGAUGAUGGUUGUUGUCACUGGAAAGGAGAGAACCCAGAAAGAAUGGGAAAGGCUAUUCUUAGAGGCUGGUUUUAGUCACUACAAGGUCACACCCUUGUUUGGUUUGAAAUCCCUCAUUGAAGUCUUUCCAUAGAAUUCAACGUUGCAAUCUCGAUAAAUAAGAAUAUUAUAAAAUAGUUAAUAAUAGUUAAUCUUUGGAGCUGAAUUUGUACUAUUCCUGAAAUUUCUUACUAUUUUCGAUGUUGAUCUUGUAGCCAUGUCUCUGUUAUUGUGUAUUUUCCUUUUUUUUCAGACUAACAACACUUUGUCAAAGGAACCAAAACGUUAGUAGAAUUUUCAAUGGCAAGGCAAAAAUUGUCAAAGUCAAAAUAAGAUCAUGCAAGA